AUGAAUCGUGUCUUUCUCAAUAAUGAAUCGACUGAAAUUGUGUAUGAAGAAAUAGCAGUACCAAUCAUAGACUCUGCCAUGCAAGGCUACAAUGGUACUAUAUUUGCCUAUGGGCAGACUGCUUCAGGCAAAACAUAUACCAUGAUCGGUUCCAAAGAUGAUUUAGGAAUAAUCCCCAGGGCAAUUCAUGACAUUUUCAACAAAGUUAAGAAGUUUCCUGAUAGGGAAUUUCUCUUACGUGUGUCUUACAUGGAGAUAUACAAUGAAACCAUUACAGACUUACUCUGUGACACUCAAAAAAUGAAAUCUUUAAUAAUUCGAGAAGACUUCAGUAGGAAUCCGUAUGUGGGUGAUCUCACAGAGGAAGUUGUUUAUACACCAGAAAUGGCUUUGAAGUGGAUCACAAAGGGAGAAAAGAACAGACAUUAUAGAGUUACAAAAAUGAAUCAGAGAAGCAGUCGUUCUCAUGCUAUUUUUAGGAUGAUUUUGGAAAGUAGAGAGAAAGAUGAACCCUCUAAUUGUGAAGGAUCUGUCAAGAUGUCCCAUUUGGUGAGUGUUGAUGAACCAUGA